CUUGACCUCAAUCCUCUACACACAAACCGGGCACUCUCCCGCCGAGUGAUGCGGACGAACAACGACAGUUCAGCCUCUUGCUAGCUGUCUCUAUCCAACGACUGACCCGCCGCAUUUCCCUUAGCUGCAGUUGUCGCCAACUUUUGGCCUCGGGCUUAUCAACCACUCCGAAACGGCUCGUACGAGUCACCACUCCUCCCUCUACCAUCCCGCAACCCGCUACAACUUCUACAACAUGGCCGCUGUCGCCUUCUCUCGCUCAACAAGAGCUAGCCUGCCCCAAUGGGGCUCCAGAGUCUUCCGACCCAUCUUGCUCACCCGGCGGAAUUUCUCAAACUACCUCGUCUCCCCGAAGGAACUCGACGAAGCCCUCAAGAAGAAUCCUCCCUCGCCGAUCAGCCCUGAGCCCCGAACAAUUCCUCUCUGCGCCUCAUGGUUUCUCCCCAACGAUGGUCGAUCCGGUAUCCAAACGUUCCGCGAACAGCGCAUUCCCAAGGCACGAUUUUUCGAUCUCGACAAGGUCAUCGACAAGCGCAGUCCCUACCCUCAUAUGCUCCCCGAUGCCAAGGGCUUUGCCGCCGCCAUGAGCGAACUGGGAAUUCGAAAAGAGGAUACAGUGGUGGUGUAUGACAGCAAGGAGCUUGGUAUCUUCAGUGCCCCCCGCGUGGGCUGGACAUUGCAGGUCUUUGGCCACCCCAAGGUGCAUAUCCUGAACAACUUUAAGCUGUGGGUGGAAGAGGGUCUUCCUACCGAGUCAGGAGAGCUGUAUAGCGUCGAGUGCUGUCCUUAUCCUAUUCCCAACGUCGAGUCUACACGGGUUGCAAACUUUGAGGAGGUCAAGGAGAUUGCCAACGACUACAACAAGGAGGGUGCCGAGGGCGUCCAGAUCCUCGAUGCUCGACCCAAUGGCCGAUUUACAGGCGAAUCCCCUGAGCCUCGCGAAGGUCUCUCCUCUGGGCACAUGCCUGGAUCUAUCAACAUUCCCUUCAACGCUGUUCUGGACCCUGAGACUAAGGCUUUCCUCCCCCGAGACCAGCUGAAGAAGGUAUUUGAGGAGAAGGGAGUUGAUUCUAAGCACCCUAUUAUUUCAAGUUGCGGUACUGGAGUAACUGCCUGCGUUCUUGAGACUGCCCUCGAAGAGGCUGGUGUUGGUUCUCACGAGUCUCGGAGGGUCUACGACGGCAGCUGGACCGAAUGGGCCCAGCGAGUGAAACCUGCGGAAAACCUGAUUCUCAAGACAACAAAGGAAUAGACGUGGUGUGAUCUGGCUCUAGGAGAGGGCAGAUAUACGAGGCUGUUGAGUUGCGAUACCCUCCUUAAUGAUGGCCUGGAGCUGCCAGGCGUGUACGAACAUGCAUCCCCCUCUGUGACAUGACUUCUAUUCUCGCAUGGCUUGAGGUUUCUUGAACGCCUGCAUUGGGCGCAAUGUAGUUUUGGUUCUCUUGUAUCAUCUCCACACUUUUUCAGAGACUCCAAGGUGUAUAGUUGCGAAUCAAUUGACUGAUGGUGUUGCAAUUUC